GACGUUGGAAAGGAUUUCGGAAUCUUUCAAAAGUUAAGAAUGUUUUUUUAAACUGAAAGCAUGUCACUCCUGGUACCUAAUGUGAGGAAAAAUGCCGCUCAUGUCAUCUGCUGACUCAUUUCGGAUAGGCUACGCAAGAAUAUUAUAGGUUAUUUGACCUUAUUUGGAUAAAAAGGAAAUCUGUCUCUUCAGUUCUUGAGGUUAGACGUACCCGCGCGUUUUCAGCGUUUUCGUUACGAAUAUGGGUGAACUUAGCUGGGGUGUUGAGCUGUGGGAUCAAGUAGAGAGCCUAUUUAAACAUGAGAGUGAUCAAAUUGGGUUGACCGAGUCGUACUUCAAACUGUUGUCAGAUGUUCAGAAAUUACAACAUGAAUUUGGGAAAAAGCUCAGAAAAACAGUUUCUAUUUAUUUACCAAGAAAGAAACCGGAUGUUGACGAGUUUUCCUCCGUGUUAACAUAUUCAAGUAUUGUACCUCAAAUUCUCGAAAUGGGUGUUGCUCAUGAAGCUAGUUCCAAAAAACUCAAUGAAUCUGUUGUCAACCCAUUAAAAGUUCAAGUUGAAAGUGAGAAGAGGGCUUUAGAAAAGCAUCGUUCACAUUGGCUAAAGUUAAAUGGAACAAUAGAACAAUCACGUAAACAAUUGGAACUAAGUUGGCAGAAGUAUGUAGCUAAUUUCAAAGAAAAGCAGAAAGCAUUUGAAGUUUCAGAAAAAGCACAAAAUGAUAUUCAGUUAGCAAGAAUUGAUCAACAAAAGUUUGAAGCUCUCUAUCAGAGUAAAUUGCAGUCAUUCGAUCAAACUAGUCGUAAUUAUGCUGACGAAUUGGCUAAAUACAAUUCAGCUAAUCGACGUCAUUUUGGCACUGAUAUAGUGGCUUUUGUAGAUGAUAUGGAAUGCUCAAGUCGUAUGCGAAAUAAUCGUGUUCGUGAACUCCUAUUAAUGGUUACACGUAUAAAUGAAGAAACAAUAUCAAAGCUUACCAACUGUAAUCAAUUAAUUUCUGAGGCAGUUUCAGCUCUUGAUUCUUCUCAUGAUGCAGCCAAGGUAAUAAAGCGAUUACAUACGGAUGAACAACCUCCAGCUGAUUUACCAUUCCUUGAUUUGGAUAAAUGUCCUUCAGGUAUUUUGGAUGGAUCUACUUCAGAUUUGGGAGCUUUAAUUCUUGGUGUUGAAUCUGCAGACUGUUCAAAUCAGUUAAACAAUUCUGGAACUACAAUUUCAGUACCAGGUAGUGGAAUGAUGAGUGGAUUUAUUCGUUCUACUCACAAGAAUGCAAAAGAUGAAUACUCUAGUUUACGUUCACCAUUUAUUUGUGGCAUUAGCAUAAAGAGUAUUAAAAACACAGAUCUAACUAUCAGACAAGUUGCUGAUCGGUUAAAGGUACUAAGGGAAUUGGUUGUCAAAACUGAAAAUGAACUACGGAGUACUGAUCGUAUGAUUGAAUCGUGUCGAACAAACCCUAAAUUUGGUGAUAUGGAUUGUUUGGUUCGGGCUGCUGCUAUUUAUAGUAGACGCCUGAAUUCCCUAAAACAGCACAUUAAAGAACUUGAAGUGAAAUUUAACAAUCUAGGCGGUGAUAUAGCCUUUACAAAAGCUGAAUCAAUAGCUGAAAAGCUUAGCUCACGUGCAGUAAUCAAUGCUAGCACAAAUGCUUCAAAGACUAAUAUUCAAUCUGUAAAUAGUAAAUCAUUCGAUGACGAUGAAAGUGAUCAUUCAUUUGACUCAGAUGGUGAAGAUGCUAAUAAUAACGCCAACAACAAAGAUGAUACGACUACUACUACUUCGAACAGUAAUAUAGAUGUACAUUCAGGAGCUCGAUAUGUUGGUUAUGCUUCUGCUCUAUACGAAUAUGAAGGCGAUGGGAGUACUUAUUUAGCAACAAAACCAGGUGAAUUAUAUUAUGUGUUGAGUGUAGACUCGACUAAUUCUGGAUGGACAGCUGUAGUAUCUGAGGAUGGAACACGUCAAGGUUUCGUUCCCACUGGUUAUAUCAAUUUAACAUUAUACUGAAAUGUGUUUCACAAUCUGUUUGUUUUACUCGCCUGCUCUUAUUUCAUCCUUCACUUUCUAUCCAUUAUUAUUAUUAUUAUUAUUAUUAUUAUUAUUAUUAUUAUUAUUAUUAUUCGAUUAUUGUUGAUGCAUAACGUAUUUCAUUUUUCUGACUGGAUGUAGUUAGUGAAUUACACUACGAUUGAAAAGGAAAUGCCACUUAUGAGUUUGUAUAUUGACUCAAAUUGAUUUUAUUAUAAAUAAUUAUGAUUUUCACUACUAUUCAAAGUUGUUUUCAUCACUUAUUUAUAGCAUCUCACCUAUCUAUCCUCUAUUGAUUAUACUAAGCAAAGAUUACUUAUUUAUUCUAGGCUGAUGAUACGUCUAUAACAGAGUUAGUAUCCUUUCUCCUUUUAGUAUUUCUUGUUUCACCCAUUCUUAGUGCCUUUGUAUAUUCAGGUUUUAUUGUUAUCUUAUUGAUUAGUGCGAUUUGUUUUUUGUUUUUUUUUAAAUUAUCCUCCUGUUCACUUUCUUUCAUAAGGUAGUCUAUAACGAAUGUGUUGUAUAUCAAAUCUUUACUCGCCCAAUCUUUUAUUUUCUUCACCUAGAAAAGUGUAUUGUUAAAUUAUUGAUUCUCAUCUAGUCUUGGUUUACAUUUCCACUUGUUUGUCUCCAAUUUUCAAUGGUAUUAAUAUCUAUUCAUUAACUUUAACGUUUGUGCUUGUAUGUAUAUGCGUGUAUACAUGCACUUUGUUCAUUCCUAUUGAUUAAUAUUCACCGAGUGUUUGUCAGCUAAUAAAUUAGGAUAGACGAUGAUGAUGAUGUGAUUAGUUGUAGGCAGUUUUUACAGACACACACACAUUUGCAUAUGUGCACACAAUAUUAAAUACACAACGAAUUAAUCACAAGUAUUGUUCCAGUCUAUUAUGUUUUAUGCUGUAAUUGUCAAACGUUUAUAAUCUCUUCCUCUGUAUCCUUCUUCCAUUAUAACUAUCUGCUGAAAUUAUUAUCAUUUAGUACCUCAGUUUGAUUUAUUUAUCGUUUUUUUUUACAACCCUAGUGGAGUUUACCAACAUUAUCAUUAUUAUUUAAUUUCAACAUUGUGAAAGAAAUUAUGUGAAGCACACAUACAGAGUCAUGUAUGUAUAUGCCAGUUAUUUUUUUCGAAGAUUUUUCCUGCCUUUUGUUUUCCGUUCAUCUUUUUGAAAUAAUAUUAUUUACAAACAUAUAUUUCAUUAAAUUGUGUGUUAUAAUACGGUCCAAUCGAUAAUUAAAUUAUAUUUUGAUCAUUUACACAUGGGAAAAAGGGUUGAUAUUGUUAUUAUCCCAAGAGAAUAUGACACGCAAGUUCAACUAAUAGUUAAUUGUUUGUGUAGGCCAGAUUUAUCAAUUCCAAUCCUGGAUGAAGCAGAGAAGAAUGAACUGAUAAGCAUCAACCAAUCAGCAGAUUACCUUGAAAAUGGUGAGGGAGAAACGAACUACCGGCCAUGGUGUAAAAAUGCCGCGAAAACCUUAAUUUAAAUGUUCUAUACAAUUCUGGAGCCUUCCAAAAGAUAUGUAUGCUGAUUUGUUGAAUUAUAUAAGAUACUACCACUUUCAGACAGUUGUGUCUGCGCAGUGUAGCUGUAUAAACCAGUUUACGGAGUCACUUGUAAUAUGUCAUAGUUGUAACAAUGAAUGAACGGGUAGUAGUAAAUAAUUAAUGCAUUUGGCUUUGUGUUUAGGAUAGAAAAUAAGCUCAGGACAGAAAUAUGUUACUGUUUAGCUGAAUGUAUAAUCGUUGACGUGACACGUUCUCAUUAUAUAUGAUAUCCUGUUGGUAAUUUGAUAAUUCGGUGGAUAAAUAAAGAACGAGAUUUUAACCUAGACUAGUGCUGUGUACUCGUUCAGGAUGCGGUUUCAAUUGAUUAUUUGUGGAGUGGUACUUUUCUAGCACACUGACGUCACACGAAAUUGAGCAAUAACAAGUCUGCAGUGUCUUCAGAUGUCCCGGGCCACACGUGUGCUACAAUGACAGUUCUACAGAGUCUACAAACGACCCAGAAGGGUUGGGCAAACUGUUUUAUCACCGUUGUCACUGGCAUCAGGGCUUCCAUAUAUUUCCCCUCGACGGAGAAUUCUUGCUAGAUGUGAGUCAUAAGUUUCCGCUGAUUACAUCCCUACCCUUUACACAAACAGCCCGUUGCUACAACCUACUGAAUGGCCCAGGGAAGUCGUUGUAUUGGUUCUCUUCAAGUGGCUGUGAUGCCGAGAUGACCUCAUUUAACUCUUUCCAUGAAGCCAAAGUCCUAACAAGCCUCCUCUAGAUGGCUUGAUUUCCUAGAUUUCCUUUCAUGUUCCAAAUCUCAUGUAUUCAUGAAAUUUCUUCAUAUGUCUGGUCUUACGCUCAGUUUUCCUUUCUUAUUACAUUGUGCGAAUUUUCAGGAUCAGUUCAAUUUGAUUUCAUCUAAGAUAUCAGGUAUUCUAGUGUUCUGUAACUUUACUUGGUGGCAAUGCUGUAAACUUGACUGACGGACUCCAGUCAUUGCUGAAGACUAAGGAUGAGUAGAAAACUGUAUGGGUUACUCACUAGUGAUUGAUUCGUGUGCUGCAGCCUAUAUCACAAAUAAAUUUCACCAGAACAUUCGUAACUUUCCCACGUAGAAUGCUUACUGUUAAACAUCUUGACAUAUAUCAGUUGCCUGAUGAUGAUGAUGACUCUGCCAACCGGUAGCUGCUACCUUGACACUUGGUGGUCAGGUUUGUAUAUCACAAUGACCCAGUGAGCUGUGCUGGUGGAAUGCUGUUCCAUCGAGGUCCUAUCAUACCAGAAAAGUUCGUUGCAUAGUGAUUAGACAAAAAGAUGUUACCCAUAACAUGUUCUUAAACAAUGAAAUGAUGCACCAUGAUGGCUUAGAUCAGUCAUCAGUGGUUAAUGGCGAUCCAAAACCACAGGACGUAUGUCCGACCACACCUUCCAUAAUACAAGCCAGUUUUUGUGUUAUCCAAAAGACCCUACAUGAUAAGCCUCUAACAGAUUUCCUAUGGGCUCUACGAUAACCCACUAACCCUUUUCUUUCAGCCACCUCAAAAGAACAUAACCUUCCACAGUGUGAGCAACCAGGACAUGCCAACCACCCUCACAACUCUGUCAGCAUUCAAUUGAUGAUGAUUCUUGGCUCCGUGUUAUACCAUAGUUAAUGGCUGAUUCCUUAGUUGUUUAAACCAAUACCUUCAAGGUCGCUCAGAUGACUUUGAUAUGUUGAGAUCAGUCUCAUGCUUAUCAAAACAGGUUAUAUUAAAUUAACUGUUUAUUUUGCUAAAUUUCGUCUAUUCCUCAUGAACACUUUUAAAUCUUCAUUGUUGAUUAUUUUUAUUUAACGUGUUGACAACACUUGUACACGGAAUAUUUUUUAAUAGGACACUCACAGUCACAAUUUCACGAUCGAUCCAUAUAGAAUGACCUACUAGACGAGCUUUUAAUAUGGCCAAGUCCAUUUUCAAUCAGUUAUACUUCUUUUCCUAUCAAAGAUUCAAACUUACAUUCAUAACCUUAAAUAUUUUGUUCUGUCUAGAAAAUAAAACAUUUGACAAAGAAGUGAAGAAGAGUAUGUGGAAAGACAAAAGACACUUACACGAUACACUUGCAAGUGAAGCAGAACAGGAUACUGGUAAGAGAGAACUGACAACAUCUAUAUCAAAUAACCAAAAUACUAUAUGAGAGGGAAGACACAAACACAGAUGAAAUCAAUGAAAGAUAGUGAAGGAAAUCUACUUACCGCCAAAUAGGAGAAACAAAGGAAAUGAUGGACUGACCACUUCGAAGAACUCUAAUCGACCACCUCCACUAAUCCUCCUCCUCCACCUCCACCACCACCACCACCUGCAACUAAUCCAGAAAUACCACCAGCAGCCCAACCACAGAACUAUCAGUGAACACAAACCCUCCGACAAAGUAGAAGCCAAGUCGUGAAUGCCAUAAAGUUGCUGAAAGCUAGGAAAGCAGUAGGACCACAUGGGAUAGAUAUUGCAAGAAGCACUGGAAACAGACGCAGAGAGAGACAUCAGUGGACGUGCUCAUACCACUACUGUAGGAUGUUUGAAAGGGAGGAAGGUUACCUGCUUAUUGAUUGGAAGAAGGUCUAGCAUGUCAAACUUGCAAAGAAGAGAGACUUAAGUAUUUGUAAGAACGAGAACUGGAGCGGAAUCAUGCUCCACUCCUGUCCACACAAAACAAGCAAAAUAUUAAGCCGCAUCAUGUUGGAGAGACUAGAAGAUGCUCUGCAUUCAAAAUUAUGACUGGAACAGGCUGGUUGGCUUCAGCAAGAACAAAUCAUGUGCGCAUCAAAUCGCAACACACCGCUACGCUACGCAUCAUCAUAGAACAGACCAAAGAAUAGCAGAAUGGCAAUCAGCUCUCUACCUCAACUUCAUCGAUUUUGAAAAGGCCUUCUAUCGAGGUGUCGACCGAGAAGUAAUUUGAUAGCUGCUGAUUCAACACUACGGUCCCUCUGCCACAAACAUUUAUCAACCUCACUUAUGUGCUAUGUGAAGAUGCUACAUGCCAAGGGAUUCACAAUGGAAAGCUCAGCCUAUUGACGCCUUCGAAGUGAAGACAGGAAGGAUUAGGAUAAGCUUGCCACCUACUAUCAUCGAUCAUCUUCCUAAUUGUGGUCAACUCGACUGGACUGGAUCAUGCAAUAGACAACUGUGAGGGGCUGUGAGAAGAUGAGCAUACACUGUUUGAUCGAUGUAGAGACCCCAGAAGAAGAUUUGUAUUUCACCGACGAUGAUGAUUUAUGUCUAGUGUCUUAUGUAGCACAAACUGGAGGAUCUACAGGUGAAAUCUAACAAGUUGGCUGAAGAAAUGAGACAGGGCAGAGAAGGAAGAUGACAAUUCCUUCAGUUGAACAUGGAGAAGACACAGGUGAUGAAGACACUCAACCAACACACAACAACAACAAGAGGCAUCGAUGAUCAUCAACGGGAGAAAUCUGAAGGAAGUUGUCUCUUCCACCCACCUACCUACGCAGCAUUGCAUUGCAUCGCAUGACAUCGCAUGGCAUCGAUUCAACUACAGGCGGCACACGGACAGAUGACGAUGUGAAAGCCAACAUCGGAAAGACAGGAAGACAGGCCUUCGUGUAUUUAUCUGAAAUAAUCAGUGUGGAGAUCUACUGCACUGCACUGCACCCCACCCCACUCAGCACAAAGCGUGAACAACAUCCGGAUUUACAACAAGAAUCUCAGUCAAGUCAAUGAUUCUAUGUGGCGGUUGAGAGACUUGGUGUGUCACGAAAAGCAUUUCGAACAAACAACUGAAGACAUACAUGAUGAACAACUGCCACCUACACUCACUCGAUACUGACAGUGAAGAUGGAGAUCAGAUGAUGAGAAUGAUGAAGAGAAUAAGUGAGUAGGAACUGUGGCUGGUCCCACAACGAACCAACCUCCAACGAACGAACCCACAGAGAACCUCUCGCCUAACAAAUACGCAGCAGAAGAAGGAAGUGGAGAUGGAUUGGAUUGUACACAGCGUGAGAAUAUGGUUUUGGGGCAUCACGCGUGAGACCAGGCCAGGCCGGGGCAGGCGAGGCGAGUCGAGGUGAGGCCGUCGAGUGGAACACAGAUGGGAAACGACGAGUUUGGUGUCCGAGGUGAGGUUUACAUGGAUGAGGAGAUGGUGUGAGGAAGAAGUGAAAUGUUGUGGACAGUGGUGUAUGUAGGUGUAAAAGACUGGAGUGAAGAGAGUGAAAUGGCUAUGUGCUACUUUAUCCCUAUAUUCCGCUAGUGGCGUAAAGGAGAAAUAUAUAAAUUUUUAUGAAUAAAUCUACCUUGAAAUAUGUUGACUAUUACUUUCGUCUGUUCACUUGAAGUUGCAUGUUUGUAUGCCAUAAAAACGUUACUAAAAUGUUAGAAAUGUUAACAAUAUCAAUAGGUAAGGACACAUUUUGCAAUAGUUUACUUUUUUUUCUUCAAUGAGGUUCAAUGUCUAAGUAUGUGAAUUGUUACAAUAUUAUUAUUUGGUGUUGUAAAUAUGUCAAUAAAGCUUGAUUUAUUA